GUAUAUGGACCUCUAGACCUGCCAUUUACUUUGCAUCGCUCAACGCCUAACAAUAUGUACUUAAAGUGUUUAUUGCUGCUGUUGGCGCUGCCAGCUUUAAUAGGCGCGUUUCCGAGUAAUGUGGUAAUAAAUGGUGUUUGUCUGACCUGUCCAAAUCCACACGGUGAGCCUGUCAUUAUUGACGGUCAGGAAUAUCGAAGCUUCAAGUCAGGGGGUAGUAGUGUUAUACUGAACAGACCUGGCUACAACAAUGGACGUGGCACCGUAUAUAGCCGUGGUGGCAACACGGUCAUCAAUGGCCGGUGUGAAAUAUGCAAUGUGGAUGUGUGAAUAGCAUAAGUGGCUGCUGUGAAUCUCAAUACAGUGUUCCUUCGAUAUAGUGUUUGUACUCAAUAAAUGCAUUCUCUUAAUAUUAAGUUUAAAACAUCUGUCAGCUUAACGAGAUGGUUUCAAGUCAUCCAACUAUUGAGAAAGUACUCUAAUUUUGUAAAUGCUUUACUAACAUCCUAUUUACAUGCCAAUAAAGUUUUUAAAUGAAAA